AUGGUGGUGUACAUCGUGCUCACAGUCCUAGCGAUUUUGAACGUCGUAACUGGGGUGUUCUGCAACAACGCCAUUGAGAGUGCCCGCGCGGACAAGGACAUUGCCAUCAUGAAGCAAAUGCAGAAGCAUGCCAAGCAGCUCAAAUCACUUCGUGGUGUGUUUAAAGAGAUCGACAACGACCAGUCGAACCUCGUGAGCCUUCAAGAGCUGAAGGACGCGUUGAAAUCGAAGAAACUCGCGAGUUUCUUGGAGUCGAUGGACAUCUCUACACAGGAUAUCUGGACGCUGUUUAUGGUCAUGGAUUCUGACGGAAGCGGUGAUGUUACGCUGGAAGAAUUUGUGACGGGCUGCAUGCAAUUGCAGGCAGGGACGAACUGCUGCUAA